AUGCUCAAAAACCCCGAGAAGAUUAGAUCUAUCAUAAUGUCUCAUAGUCACUCGCAGUCUUCCAGCAGAGCCGGUACUCCCAGUGAUUGCGUUCGCCGUGAAACAUUCAUGAAUGUAGCUGAAGUUGAACAGCAGCAACCUCUAACGUCCUUCCAUGCCUUUCGCUAUGGGACUCAUCUGGAGCCAUUCAAUCUCCCCGAAUCCGUUGAAGCUAGAAGUGGGGGCGGAACCAACAAGAUGUAUGAACAUAGCGCUGCAGCGCAACAGCCGCUUCAAUUCCCUGGCAGCGGGUCUCAGUCGGUAUACCAUUCCCCCUCGAGCAGCCCAUCUACUCCGAAUCCGCAAUAUGGAGAUUAUAAUCCUUUCCCACUCAGUCCUCCCUUGAGUGAAGGAACAUCACUCGCUUCAUUCCUCAGCCAGAACUCUCAGCUUCACCAAUGUAGCGUCAGUCCGAGUAAUCAACCAAUCCAUCUACCUUCACCAUUGCACCAGACUCCAUUCGACUUCUCGAGAGGAUCCAACGUAGGACCUUUGUCACAACCCUACCCACAACGACGUGAUGCAAGCUCACAUCGGCCCGAUCGUCGUCAUUCAAGUGCUUCUACUUCCUCUUCACGCAAUAUCCAGUUAACCCCCCCUUUUUCAAAUUAUGAUUCACUCGGACUCUCUGCAACCAACCCCCAUCCGAACCCCAUCUAUAGCACCAUGAUUCCGGCUGAUCCUCCGAGGCCGGGAUACUUUUAUAUGGACGCCAGUAGAACAGUAGAAGAGAUUUCUGGCAACGUCGAGCCAGCUUCGAGUGCGAUUCAACGCGGGUCUGGAACCAAUAUCAUGGGGGGCCAAAAUAUCCCGCUGAAUUCAGCUCCACAGCCUGGAGCGAAGACGGGAACACGACAAUACCGUAAAAAGACUCCACCAGUCGCAUGUGCUGUCUGCAACAUCCACCAAACUCCAGAGUGGCGAAAGGGGCCUUCAGGCUUACGAACUCUGUGUAACGCGUGUGGCCUGACAGCCGCCAAGUUGUCAAGUUCCGAGCCAACCAAUGUCGAAGAAGUUUGGCAUCAACUUCGUGAGGUUGGCCUCAACCGUUUCCGAGGGAAUUUUGAACUCUCGGCUGAUCAGAAAACAAAAGCUGCUCAGAAUUGGGCGACACAAACUGCUAAUGGUACUCACCGCAGCACUCACAACCCAAGAUCCGGGCACUCUUCGACAUCUCUGGAUUCCUCACAAAAACCACCAAAACAAUCCAACGCGAGUGCGAGUGCAACCCAUAAGCUCUUGAGAAACCAACAGAGCCCAUCUGAUACGGACGCAGCCCAUCAGCUCUUUGCAAUGAGUCAAGGUAGGAACCAAAGUCUAGGAGCUCCUAUGUCAAUUCAUAAUCCUGGUGCCCCUUCAUCUACUUCCCUCGGGCUCAGUCAUCAUUAUGGGCCGCCUUCGUCACCCAAUCCUGCCUCGCUCCAACUAGAUGAACGGUUCCAGCACAUGACAUGCACGACAGCUGACUUUAGUGGGUUAUCAGCUGCCUUCACCAUUACAUCCGCUUGCGCACCCAAUCCUGUCAAUUCGGCGAAUUACCCUUCAUCGCCACUCAUGUCGCCAGGAGGCCCUCACCAACAACAUGUUCUAGGGAUGUAUCCAUCAAUGAUGACUUCGUCAGAAAAUGGACAUCCAACUCAUGGUAGACGUAACUCCAUCGGUGGGCAUCGAAUGUCAAUCUCCUCAAUUAUCAAUCAAGACCCACCCUCGCGUCCGGCGUCAAGUAUGAAUCAUGAGGAUCAUCUUCAACGACUACACCAACAACAAGCUCAUAUGCAUAGUCUACUUGUACAGAAUCCAUCUCCGAACGGCUAUCCUAAACAGAUUUAA